GUGCGUGUGUGUGUGCGUGCGUUUGUCUCCGAUGAGGGCCAGUUGAGCCGCGGCCGCCGCAGAGUGAACGUCACGUCCUCCUCGUGUGCGCUGGACUUCUCAAAGGGAUUUCUACGAUGGAUUAUUAACCGAGCGGGCCUUGGAUGCGCGCGUGCCUGCGUCUAGGAGUGCUUGUUGGGAAUAAAAGGAAGGGAAAUAAGAAUAAAUAAAAAUUGAUGUGUGCCAUGAGGGAGUGACUCCUUGACCUGGGCAAUUUGGGCUCUGCAGAUAGGAGCUCUUGAGGCACCGGGGAAUCAUCGUGCAGGAUCCUCCUUUCCUAGCCACAGAACGAAGGUCACGCCUCCCGCGCCCCUUCGCAGCCCUCCAAGAUGGUGUUCCCAGGAAUCGUCAGGAAAAUCAACAAGAACUUGACGACUCUCUUGCAGGUCGUCCUGGUCAUCUGCGUCAUCCAUUUCAUGGGACAGAAUGUGCUGCUGCGCGUGCAGAAGAAGCUGCACCUUGGCCGCUUCUCCGCCAUGAGCAGCACGCCGCCGCCGACCCUGACUGCAAGCGCCGCCGGAGGCCGAAGCAGUGGAGGCGGAGGGCGCCCGCCCCAGAGGCUCGGCGGGGGCUUCAAUCGGAAGCCCAAGUCAUCCACGACCACCACCACCACCACGACGACCACGACUACCACUCCAGUGCCCCCGCUGUCGGAUGACAUCAUGGAGGAGGAGCAUCAACGGCGGCUCGACAUCCUGCAGCGGGCGUGCGAGAAAUGGAACUUCGGCAUGUUCUCCACCAGCAGCGGCAUUCGGAACGUGUCCGAGAGCGAGGGCGCAGUGCUGGACACGAUGCCUUCGUCUCCGCUGUACCAGGUGCUGCUCGUGUCCGAGAAGCAGAACCUAGCCGUGUGCCCUGUGGCCAGAAGCGGCAUCCAGUGGCUGUCCCGCCGCCUCCUGCAGCUCACGGGGAAAUUCGAGGAGUACCAGCUUUACCGGCUGCACGAGCCGCCGUCCGUGCUCGCGCGCCACAACUACCCGUACCUGAGUUCGUGGGAAAAGUACCCGAUCGUGCUGGCCAAGACGGUCAAUAUCCUGAUGGCUCGCCACCCACUCGACAGACUGCUGGCUUCCUACCGCUACCUGCUGGAGGACCCCGAGAGGAACCCCCACGGCUACCUGCACUACGGGCGCCGCAUCGUGCGCACUUACCGCCAGGCGCCCGGGCACGGCAAGGCGCCCAGCUUCGAGGAGUUCGUGCGGUUCCUUCUGGCGCGGGACAUGAGCCACGUGGAGGAGACCUGGCAGCCUGUGAUGCGGCGCUGCACGCCCUGCCACAUCCCCUACAACACCAUCACUCACUUCGAGACGCUCUGGCACGACGUCCAGUGGGCGUGGAAGCGGGCGGGACUCGGCGCCCUCAACACGACGGACUUUGUGCAGUACCAUCUGACGCCGGAGGUUCGUCGGCAGUACUUCUCCGAGCUGACACUGGCGCAAGUGCUGCAGCUGUAUCAAAAAUACAAGCUGGACUUCGAGCUGUUCGGGUACACCCUGGACGAGCACAUGAGUUACGCCCGGCCGGGGGACGAGCCCAUCGACCCCGCCGUCAUGGCCGAGGUGCCGCACCGCGACCCCGACCACCUGCACAGCCUGAUUCAGGACAUGCUCGCCCGCGCCUCGGUGGCGGGCGACGGGGGCCAAGCGCCGCCCCCGGGGUCCUCCAGCAGGAGCUCCAUGAGGGCGGAGGGCCUGGAGGACGAGGAGAACGUAGGGGCCCCGGUGGACAACGACGUGGCGGACGACGACACUGCCCCGCUCCCCAGCUUGGACCAAUAGACGCAGCUCUUUAGUAAUAGGCCCCUCUAUUUAAUGGCAUUAUUAAGUGUACGAUACUUUCACCUGGAACGUUAUUUAUGUUAUACAUAAUUUAAGUGGAGAAAAUAAAUAUUAUCUGGA